GAAAUAAGUAAUAUUUAUGCGGCGCAAAAAAAGUGUGAGUGGAUUGGUGAUUGCUGUCAUUUUCAUGUCAAUUCGCCCACUUACACUCGAACACCCAGUACUUAUGUAGAUUUUGUGUUUGUACGCAUUAGGUUAAUUGGGUUUAUAUUUGAUCAUUUAAUCGAACUAAAAAACAGUCUAAGGUAUUUUCUCUAGAAAAAGAAGCCGCGGCUAUCGGAAGCCAAAGGGUUCAGAAAACUUUAUAAACUCUAUUUUAUCACAAAAAUGACUCGUGGCAAUCAACGUGAAUUGGCGAGAGCGAAAAACCAAAAGAAACAGCAGGAGAUGGGUAAAAAUAAGAGAAGUGACGGUCUUACUCUUGAGCAGCGUAAAUUCAGAGAUGCUGAAAUGAUGAGGGAAAAACAACGAAAGAAAGAAGAGGACGCAACUGAGAAACGAAAAGAACGUUAUAAAUAAAAUUUUACUAUCAAGCAAUGUAUUUUGUAUAAAAUGAAUGAUAUAUGAUUAAGAUAAAUUCUUUAUUAUAUAAGUGAUAGUAUGUAUUUGACAUGUUAAUGUACCUAAAGCUGAUUUACAAAUUUAAAAAAAAUGUAAUAUUUUAGACUUUGAUUUAAAGUGAACAGUAACUUUUGCAUA